AUGACAUCCUGUGUCUCCAAGGUCAUCAGUAAUCUGAUAGUCAUGCAUGUGCUUCUGGUCAGUAGUGGCGUAACAGAAGGGUCUUUCCUGGAGUGUAUUCCAGUUCUCACGGUGCCUCGCUACACAGUGUGGAGGGCUGCUCCAAUGAGCACCCUGAAGAUCAACUGCAAUGUCAGCAUUCCUUCACACUGCUGGGAAAACUUAGCAUUGUCAUGGUGCAAAGUUGAUGAGGGGAAUGACUGCAAACCUUUGAAUCACUCCAGUCACAUCACAACAGAAUGGAGGAAGAUUACUGGGGAAUAUAAGACCUCAUUCCUGGUUUUCAGAAACUUAUCUACUGCUGACAGUGGUCUAUACAGGUGUAAAGUAGACGGACGUUUAUCCACUAUAAGCCAUAAUAUCAAUGUAACUGUGACAGGGUCUUUCCUGGAGUGUAUUCCAGUUCUCACGGUGCCUCGCUACACAGUGUGGAGGGCUGCUCCAAUGAGCACCCUGAAGAUCAACUGCACUGUCAGCAUUCCUUCACACUGCUGGGAAAACUUAGCGUUGUCAUGGUGCAAAGUUGAUGAGGGGAAUGACUGCAAACCUUUGAAUCACUCCAGUCACAGCACAACAGAAUGGAGGAAUAUUACUGGGGAAUAUAAGACCUCAUUCCUGGUUUUCAGAAACUUAUCUACUGCUGACAGUGGUCUAUACAGGUGUAAAGUAGACGGACGUGUAUCCACUAUAAGCCAUAAUAUCAAUGUAACUGUGACAGGGUCUUUCCUGGAGUGUAUUCCAGUUCUCACGGUGCCUCGCUACACAGUGUGGAGGGCUGCUCCAAUGAGCACCCUGAAGAUCAACUGCACUGUCAGCAUUCCUUCACACUGCUGGGAAAACUUAGCGUUGUCAUGGUGCAAAGUUGAUGAGGGGAAUGACUGCAAACCUUUGAAUCACUCCAGUCACAGCACAACAGAAUGGAGGAAUAUUACUGGGGAAUAUAAGACCUCAUUCCUGGUUUUCAGAAACUUAUCUACUGCUGACAGUGGUCUAUACAGGUGUAAAGUAGACGGACGUGUAUCCACUAUAAGCCAUAAUAUCAAUGUAACUGUGACAGGGUCUUUCCUGGAGUGUAUUCCAGUUCUCACGGUGCCUCGCUACACAGUGUGGAGGGCUGCUCCAAUGAGCACCCUGAAGAUCAACUGCACUGUCAGCAUUCCUUCACACUGCUGGGAAAACUUAGCGUUGUCAUGGUGCAAAGUUGAUGAGGAGAAUGACUGCAAACCUUUGAAUCACUCCAGUCACAGCACAACAGAAUGGAGGAAUAUUACUGGGGAAUAUAAGACCUCAUUCCUGGUUUUCAGAAACUUAUCUACUGCUGACAGUGGUCUAUACAGGUGUAAAGUAGAUGGACGUGUAUCCACUAUAAGCCAUAAUAUCAAUGUAACUGUGACAGGGUCUUUCCUGGAGUGUAUUCCAGUUCUCACGGUGCCUCGCUACACAGUGUGGAGGGCUGCUCCAAUGAGCACCCUGAAGAUCAACUGCACUGUCAGCAUUCCUUCACACUGCUGGGAAAACUUAGCGUUGUCAUGGUGCAAAGUUGAUGAGGGGAAUGACUGCAAACCUUUGAAUCACUCCAGUCACAGCACAACAGAAUGGAGGAAUAUUACUGGGGAAUAUAAGACCUCAUUCCUGGUUUUCAGAAACUUAUCUACUGCUGACAGUGGUCUAUACAGGUGUAAAGUAGACGGACGUGUAUCCACUAUAAGCCAUAAUAUCAAUGUAACUGUGACAGGGUCUUUCCUGGAGUGUAUUCCAGUUCUCACGGUGCCUCGCUACACAGUGUGGAGGGCUGCUCCAAUGAGCACCCUGAAGAUCAACUGCACUGUCAGCAUUCCUUCACACUGCUGGGAAAACUUAGCGUUGUCAUGGUGCAAAGUUGAUGAGGGGAAUGACUGCAAACCUUUGAAUCACUCCAGUCACAGCACAACAGAAUGGAGGAAUAUUACUGGGGAAUAUAAGACCUCAUUCCUGGUUUUCAGAAACUUAUCUACUGCUGACAGUGGUCUAUACAGGUGUAAAGUAGACGGACGUGUAUCCACUAUAAGCCAUAAUAUCAAUGUAACUGUGACAGGGUCUUUCCUGGAGUGUAUUCCAGUUCUCACGGUGCCUCGCUACACAGUGUGGAGGGCUGCUCCAAUGAGCACCCUGAAGAUCAACUGCACUGUCAGCAUUCCUUCACACUGCUGGGAAAACUUAGCGUUGUCAUGGUGCAAAGUUGAUGAGGGGAAUGACUGCAAACCUUUGAAUCACUCCAGUCACAGCACAACAGAAUGGAGGAAUAUUACUGGGGAAUAUAAGACCUCAUUCCUGGUUUUCAGAAACUUAUCUACUGCUGACAGUGGUCUAUACAGGUGUAAAGUAGACGGACGUGUAUCCACUAUAAGCCAUAAUAUCAAUGUAACUGUGACAGGGUCUUUCCUGGAGUGUAUUCCAGUUCUCACGGUGCCUCGCUACACAGUGUGGAGGGCUGCUCCAAUGAGCACCCUGAAGAUCAACUGCACUGUCAGCAUUCCUUCACACUGCUGGGAAAACUUAGCGUUGUCAUGGUGCAAAGUUGAUGAGGAGAAUGACUGCAAACCUUUGAAUCACUCCAGUCACAGCACAACAGAAUGGAGGAAUAUUACUGGGGAAUAUAAGACCUCAUUCCUGGUUUUCAGAAACUUAUCUACUGCUGACAGUGGUCUAUACAGGUGUAAAGUAGAUGGACGUGUAUCCACUAUAAGCCAUAAUAUCAAUGUAACUGUGACAGGGUCUUUCCUGGAGUGUAUUCCAGUUCUCACGGUGCCUCGCUACACAGUGUGGAGGGCUGCUCCAAUGAGCACCCUGAAGAUCAACUGCACUGUCAGCAUUCCUUCACACUGCUGGGAAAACUUAGCGUUGUCAUGGUGCAAAGUUGAUGAGGGGAAUGACUGCAAACCUUUGAAUCACUCCAGUCACAGCACAACAGAAUGGAGGAAUAUUACUGGGGAAUAUAAGACCUCAUUCCUGGUUUUCAGAAACUUAUCUACUGCUGACAGUGGUCUAUACAGGUGUAAAGUAGACGGACGUGUAUCCACUAUAAGCCAUAAUAUCAAUGUAACUGUGACAGGGUCUUUCCUGGAGUGUAUUCCAGUUCUCACGGUGCCUCGCUACACAGUGUGGAGGGCUGCUCCAAUGAGCACCCUGAAGAUCAACUGCACUGUCAGCAUUCCUUCACACUGCUGGGAAAACUUAGCGUUGUCAUGGUGCAAAGUUGAUGAGGGGAAUGACUGCAAACCUUUGAAUCACUCCAGUCACAGCACAACAGAAUGGAGGAAUAUUACUGGGGAAUAUAAGACCUCAUUCCUGGUUUUCAGAAACUUAUCUACUGCUGACAGUGGUCUAUACAGGUGUAAAGUAGACGGACGUGUAUCCACUAUAAGCCAUAAUAUCAAUGUAACUGUGACAGGGUCUUUCCUGGAGUGUAUUCCAGUUCUCACGGUGCCUCGCUACACAGUGUGGAGGGCUGCUCCAAUGAGCACCCUGAAGAUCAACUGCACUGUCAGCAUUCCUUCACACUGCUGGGAAAACUUAGCGUUGUCAUGGUGCAAAGUUGAUGAGGGGAAUGACUGCAAACCUUUGAAUCACUCCAGUCACAGCACAACAGAAUGGAGGAAUAUUACUGGGGAAUAUAAGACCUCAUUCCUGGUUUUCAGAAACUUAUCUACUGCUGACAGUGGUCUAUACAGGUGUAAAGUAGACGGACGUGUAUCCACUAUAAGCCAUAAUAUCAAUGUAACUGUGACAGGGUCUUUCCUGGAGUGUAUUCCAGUUCUCACGGUGCCUCGCUACACAGUGUGGAGGGCUGCUCCAAUGAGCACCCUGAAGAUCAACUGCACUGUCAGCAUUCCUUCACACUGCUGGGAAAACUUAGCGUUGUCAUGGUGCAAAGUUGAUGAGGGGAAUGACUGCAAACCUUUGAAUCACUCCAGUCACAGCACAACAGAAUGGAGGAAUAUUACUGGGGAAUAUAAGACCUCAUUCCUGGUUUUCAGAAACUUAUCUACUGCUGACAGUGGUCUAUACAGGUGUAAAGUAGACGGACGUGUAUCCACUAUAAGCCAUAAUAUCAAUGUUAUUGUGACAGUAAGAGCUUGGAUUUUAUAG